AUGGACUAUUCAAUCGGAAAAGAGGGGAUCAAGCGCAGGAAGAUCAUGAGCACGGAAGUCUUCGAGACGCCUAAUUCCGAAGAGGUGUGCCAGCCCUACGCGCCAGCGAACGCUUCAGCUCGCCAAUCACGAGCUGGAGUUAGUGCCGGUGCUGAAGCUGAAGGCCACUUUUACGACAAGAGGUCCAUGGAACUGGACGAGCAGGAGGUUCCGGCGACGCAAGCCUUUGAGGUUUUCAUGGGCAAAGUUUACAAGCCAGCCGGGCCGCAGCAGACCGAGUACGAGCUUCUGGCUGGCACUAGUAGUAGCAACAAGACGACGUUGGAGUCGCCAUUGUCUCGAUUCACGCGGUUGUCGCUGGAACUGAAGGAGUUGGAGACUGAUCUCACGCUGCUCGCGGUAGACGCUGAGCACAAGAAGCACAAAGUGAUGCUGGACGCUAGUCAGGAGGCUGAGUUCACCGAGGUUAUGCAGGGCCUCAACACACUGCAGCUCAAUUUGUCGGCGUUGGGGAAGAAUGCUGCAUUCCAGCCUUUUUUACGCGCUGGUACUACUGCUGCAAGUGCUGAUGCGGCGAUGAGUCUACAAAAGGAUCUAACAGCCAAGUUUUUCCAGAAGAUCGACUUUCUUAAGAAGCAGCAGCAGCUUCAGCCAGCUGAACUUGCUCUCUCUGAAGAAGCACCCAUUGUUUACGAGAUUUACAAUAAUUGCGAGUCGAAUGCUAUUGACCAAGAUGCAAAGUCUCGGGUCGCAGCACUUGAAGCACGGAUAGUGAUGCUGGAAAAGAUUGUUGGCGGUUUCCAGGGACAGGAAGUGCGAUUGCAUGGCCCUGACUCGAUCAGUGGUGUGUCAAAUGUAAACCUGACUUCAGCAGUUGCGCAACUCGAGCUACGUGUUGCUUUGAUGAGCGAGAAAAAUCUUGACGCUGUGAAGACGCGUACGGCAGCUCUUUUGCACGAAUUCACACUUCUCAGCAAGCUUAAGCAGUCGCCAAGUGUGCAGAAGGCGUUGAACUCGCAGGCUGAUGACAAGCAAAUUCAAAAAUUGUAUGGCCAGCUUAGCAGCCUCGACACGAUCGCAGCAUCGGUGCCAACUGUCGUAGAUCGUCUUGUUGCGCUGAAGUCCGUGCACGAUGAGCUGCUGACUGUGUCUGCCCGUGUGGACAAGAUGGAGAAAACCCAAGCCUCGCUGGACGAGCUACUGGACUCUGAUGCUGCGAUACUUGCCAAUAUUGAGGCUAGCUUGGCUGAAAAUGUGCAGAUUUUUCAGUCCAACAUCAAGCAACUAGACGACCGCAUGACCGAGUUGCUCUCUUCUGGUGGUUGCUGA